AUGAAGAUAGAACCUAUAAAGAAGCAAGAAUGGGAGCUCUCAAAUGGCAUACAAAGACUACGGAUUGAUCAUCAGCAGCCAGGUCAAAAACCAAUAUGGAAGUUCAAAAAAGUCACAGGCAAGCUAUCUCGCGGAAAAGGUAGUGGAAUUGAUUGGUAUCGCUAUCAAGUUCAAAUCCUCUUACAAAAGCUUUUCCCCUUUGCAAAAGAGUGUCAAAUUGAUCGUCUGAAUACCAUUGUGCAGGAGGAUAAAGCCCCAUCUCAUGAUCACUAUAUUCAAUGUUAUAUGUACAACAUUCAUGGCAUUCAACAGUUGCUUUGGUGUGGUAAUUCGCCGGAUCUCAAUGCAAUUGAAGCAGCUUGGCCUUGGAUGAAGCGCAGAACGAUGAAAAAGGGAGCUCCUAAGAAUCACACAGAAGCAGUUAGAGUAUGGGAGCAGGCAUGGAAGGAUCUGCCGCAGGAGAAGAUACAGGCAUGGAUUGAGCGGAUUCCUGUACAUAUUCAAAAGAUUAUAGAGUUAGAAGGUGGCAAUGAGUAUAGAGAAGGAAGGCGGCACGGGCAGGUGGAGGAAUAG